CUUCUCAAAAUGUCUUAUAUUUCCUCUUUAAACUUACUUGGGGACGAUUCGCCUGUUCCCUUAUCCGAAGAAGCACUUAGUGAAGAACUAGCUAUUUGGGCCAAUGCACAAUUUACCUUUGAUACAAAGCCAGGCUCAGCCAUCGUGGACGAUUCCUAUAAAGCGGUAGCAGAACAACAUAAUAUCUUCUCCACUUUUGAAAACUUAAACCCUCAGAACAAUACAGAUUUACUACAUUCCUAUUUAAAUAACACACCUUAUCUGAUACCGUCCCCACAACAUCAGCAGCAACAACAGCAGCAACCACAAAAUAUCUUACCAAGAAUCGCACCAGCUCCAUCCACGAUAAAUCACAGUCAGCUCCUGGUGGGAAAAAAACGUCCAUUGCCUUCUAUCACUCGAAAGGAAGAGGAAGAAACAACCGAAAUUGUUGAGGAGGAUAAAAGAAAGAGAAAUACAGCCGCAUCUGCAAGAUUUCGUAUGAAAAAGAAGUUACGAGAACAGGCUUUAGAACAAACUGCCCAAGAAAUGACAGCUAAAGCUGAAGCACUUGAAAAGCGUGUGAUCGAAUUGGAAAAGGAAGCUAAAUGGCUUCGUGCUCUGGUUGUCGAAAAAGAUCCUGCAUUGCUAUCGACUGAUUAAACUUUUUAUGGAGGUUUCUUUUUUUUGUUUUGUUUUUGUAUUUGACACAAAAUUCACCGAAUUCGCUUUUCAUUGUAAUACCAAAAGGAAUAAAAUAAAAUAAAAAAAAAAAAAAAAAAUUGUAUUAUAAAA